AUGCAGCACAGCACAGCACAGCAGCAGCAGCAGAUGGAAGAGCAGCCAGCACAGCAGGCUUUCUGGGACGACUGGAGUACCUACCGUCGCCGGUCAUCAUCAUCAAGGUGCAAGUCCAACUUCAGCACCGACCUCUCCAUCUUCAGUUCCGGAAUUAACGGACCAAAGCUCGAGGAUUUUCUCGGAGGUUGCACCCCCGCAGCCAACACCGUCACCCCGACCUCACUCCCUCAGUUUGCUACUGCCGAUCAUCAUCAUCAAAUCACUCCUCUCGCUUUGUCCCAAAACGAGAUUUACGACUCCGAACUCAAAACCAUAGCCGCUAGUUUCCUCCGUGGUUUCUCCACCACCGCUACCACCACCACCACCGCUGCUACUUUACAAACGACCAAACUACAGAACCACCACCCUCUAGCCUCUUCCGAUCCCACCCCCAAAAAACCCGCCGAUACCUUCGGCCAACGCACAUCCAUUUACCGCGGAGUCACACGGCAUAGGUGGACCGGAAGAUAUGAAGCGCAUCUGUGGGAUAACAGUUGCAGAAGAGAAGGACAAAGUAGGAAGGGCAGACAAGUUUAUUUGGGUGGAUAUGAUAAAGAAGAAAAGGCAGCAAGAGCCUACGAUCUGGCAGCUCUCAAGUACUGGGGUCCGACCACCACUACAAACUUUCCGGUUAUUAACUACGAGAAAGAAUUGUCGGAGAUGAAGAACAUGACUAGGCAAGAAUUUGUUGCUUCUCUUCGGAGGAAAAGUAGUGGAUUUUCUAGAGGAGCUUCUAUUUACAGAGGGGUCACAAGGCAUCAUCAACAUGGUAGAUGGCAGGCAAGAAUAGGAAGGGUUGCAGGCAACAAAGAUCUCUACCUUGGAACUUUCAGCACCCAAGAAGAAGCUGCUGAGGCCUAUGACAUUGCGGCAAUCAAGUUCCGAGGCCUAAAUGCUGUGACCAACUUCGACAUGAGCCGCUACGAUGUGAAGAGCAUUGCCAGCAGCAACCUUCCCAUAGGAGGAAUGUCCGGAAAAUCCAAAAACUCAUCAGACUCCGACAGUAAGAGCAUCGAAGGUAACCGUUCAGCGGAUGAUCGAGAUCUCUCCUCUGCAUCCUCCGUGACCUUUGCAUCUCAACAACCUAGUUCCUCCACACUAAGCUUUGCAAUCCCCCUCAAACAAGACCCAUCAUCAGAUUACUGGUCCAACAUUUUCGGAUAUAACCCUUCUCAAAACAAUACCAAGAACCCUACUACUGUUUCAGUUGCACCAUCAUCAUCAUUGUUCCAGUCACGUGCCAUUGGGUCUUAUGGUAACAAUUCCUCACCAAUACCAUUCAACAUGGACUUCUCUUCAACUUUUAGCACUUCUGCUUCUGAAACCAACAAUGGGUACUUUGGUAACUUCAAUAUAGAUGGUCAGCAACACCAAGAACAGUUGCAACACCACCAACAUGAACAAAGUACUAUUACUGGUAGUGGUUCAAUCCCAUUUGCUACACCCAUUGCUUCAAAUAGCAACAAUGGUUAUGAAACUUCUUCUGGUUAUGGAAGUUGGAUUGCGCCAAGUAUUCACACAUUUCAGACUCAUGCAAAGACCAAUCUCUUUCAGACACCAAUUUUUGGGAUGGAAUAAUUUGGCUGAUAUGUGUUAGGGGUGAAUGUGAGGGUGAGAGAUUUAUAUGGCAUGAGUACAUCACAAUUUGUUUUCGCUACCAUGAAAUGGAAUUGGAGGACAAAUGAAAGAGGACAAUGUUUGGGGUUUGCAUGCACAUGGGAGUCAACAGCUUUAGUUGAAUAGAGAUGUGAGGUGGACUGGCAGUCAUAGAUCAUAAUCCACACAGGCUGACACUGUGUACUAACUCAACUUCUUGUGCCAAGAUGGUGCUUCCUUUUUGUUUUUGUUUUUUUAUCCUUUAUCUCUUUUUGGUUCUUUUAGCUUUUUCUUUUUCUCUCUCUUUCGACUGACAUGAUUUUAUAUGGGUAUAAAAGAAAAAGAAAUCCUUUUGUAAUCUGUUCUUGUCCUUGUUAGUAUCAAAUUAUCCAUGUGAAAAAUGGAAGAAGAACAGAUCUGUUUUUUGUAAAAGAUCUUUAUAUGCUUACAAGGAGAAGCAGCGUUUACAU